CCCAUGUGUGUUUGUGUUGCGUUGUGAGUGAGGCUUGUAACUUUCCAAAAAUAGACUAGUUUUGAUAUAAAAUCGGUUUUUGAUUCGGAACUGUAUUAAUUAAUAAUAAUAAUAAAUAAAUUGUUUGUUAACGCACUUUUAAAAUGGCUGCAACGAAUGAACCUGUGUUUCGCGAUUUAAAUGCCGACAAUGAUCCUGAAGUGACAGAAAUUGAAAGCUUGUGUUUACGAUGCAAGAAAAAUGGUAUAACCAAGUUGUUGCUAACGAAAAUUCCAUUUUAUAAAGAAGUUGUAGUGAUGUCCUUUUCAUGUGAUCAUUGUCAUUGGGAAAAUAAUGAGCUACAACCAGCCUCUACGAUACAAGAAAAAGGAAUUAUAUUUAAAUUAAAAGUUGAGAAUUCAAAAGAUUUAACCAGAUCAGUUGUAAAAACUGAAUGGGCAUCCAUUAUUAUUCCAGAACUCGAAUUUGAAAUUCCUGCUCAAAGUCAAGAAGGAACUGUAACUACAGUUGAAGGUAUUGUUGAAAGAGCGUGUUCUGGGCUGUGCUCCAAACUGGAUUAUUUGAAGGUUGAAGAUCCAGAGUCUGCUGUGAAAUUAGAAGAAUUCAUUGCCCAAAUGACAAAGCUAAAAAAUGGCGAUACACCUUUUACUUUUAUUCUACGUGACUGUUCCGGAAAUAGCUUUUUGGAAAAUUUAAAUGCUCCAUUGCCAGAUCCUCAGCUAGAAGUGUCCCAUUUUGAGAGAUCUAGAGAAGAAGCUCUAAUGCUUGGAAUAUAUGCUCCUGAUGAUACAGAAAAUGAAAAUUCUGCUGACCAAGCAGAUGAAAGUGACCUUAGAGAGGAAGUAUUGGGAUUGCCAACAAAUUGCUAUUCCUGCAGCGCACCUUGCAUGACUAAUAUGAAAGUUACUCAAAUACCACAUUUUAAAGAUGUAGUUAUAAUGUCCACAUAUUGUGAAACAUGUGGGCAUAAAACAAAUGAAGUCAAAAGUGGAUCUGGGAUUGAACCUCAUGGUAUGCGAGCUAUACUUAAAAUAGAAAAUUUAAAGGAUUUGACUCGUGAUCUUUUAAAGUCUGAUACAUGUAAGAUUUCAGUAAAAGAAAUAGAAUUAGAAGUGGGACCCUGUGCGUUUGGUAGUCGAUAUACAACUGUUGAAGGAAUACUUGCAAUAAUUAAGGAACAGCUUAUAGAAAGCAAUCCUUUCAUUACUGGCGAUAGUGCUGAUUUAAUCCGUAAAGAAAAAUUAGAGCAGUUUUUGACGAAAAUAGAUGAGAUUAUUGAAGGUAAACGAAAAGUUACAUUUAUCAUGGAUGACCCUUGUGGAAAUAGUUAUCUCCAGAGCUUUGAACCUCCUGAUGAAAAUCUGACAAUCGAAAAAUACACACGAAGUCAAGAACAAGACGACGAACUUGGCUUAUUGGAUAUGAAAGUAGAAAACUAUGAAGAAGAAUCUUAACCACAAAUAUUCUAAGUGGCAGUGCAUUUACUUUGUAUUGUUAUUUCUUUGCAAACACUGCAUAACUUAUUAUGAGUUGAAGUGUCAAGAAAUCUUGGUGGCAUUUUUAAUGUUGUAACUUUUAAAAAUGAAUUUUGUUCUUUAUUUCA